AUGUCGCAACCUCACCGACCUAACCUCCUCGACCUACGUUCGAACUCGCACACAUCCAAUGCGUCGUCUAGUUCAAAGCCGCUGCGCUCGCCGCGCAUGCACAUCGCUGGCGAAGCACCGCCCGAACUCUCGCCCCUAGAUGCUUUUGCUAUGCAGAGUCGCAUGCUGGCCAAGCAACUCAAGGCUAGCGAAAAAGAGGGCAACAGGAUCAGUCGACUGCCGCCAUUGACCAUGGAAAGCCCUGUGAUCGUGCAAGGGAGAUCCGACUAUUUCCGCUCCUUGUCGAAUGAGUCCGAAUCCGAGAACGGCCUGUGGCCUGGAGAACUGAACUCUGCCGGCCUGGGCUUGAGGACUGAAUACGAGGAAGCCUUUGAAGAAGCGGAAAGACCCAAGUCCAUGCAUCCGCGCAUGAGUCGCAUCCCUCCCACUCCCGACGAUGAAACACCACCGGUACCACAGCACAUGAGGAACGCGUCACGAGGACGGCAGCUUGGUCAAAUCGAUGAAGACCCCGGGUUCUUUGGUGCACGAAGGGACAGAUCACCAUCGCCAAUCCAGAGCGAUGCGCAGUCAAUCCGCGAACGGCCAUUCGAGCCUCCCCGUCCACGGAAAGACAGCUCGUUACCACCACCUUCUCCUUUACAGAAUGAAUCCCGACCGGACUCGGAAGAAAGACCGAAGCCAGGGUCCAUGGACGAACUUGGCCUGGCACCGCCACGAGCUCUGUUUCCUCAGAGGACAUCGAGUAUCGUGUCGUCGCCCCUUUUACCGCCCGAGGAUGAGGUGGCCAGCAACAUGGGGGCGUCCACUCACUCUCUUCCACUCCGUAAACUUUCCUCGGGCAGUGCUGCAUUCGCGAACACAAUGGCAUCGCCUGCCCUGGGUCAUUUCAAAAGGUCUCCCUCUGUUGGCUCGGAGUCGUCAAUCCUGCCUCGCCCAUCAUUCAACUUCUCGAGGCCGAUGAGCCGGGCUGGCACGCCGAGCUUUGAUAUGCCCUCGCGACAAGCAUCUUCUGAUAGCCAGCCUUCUUUCAUCUUCGCAGACGAAUCCGCGCAGACUUCAAUCAGCAUGCACAGCGAGGCUUUUCUUCAACAGCCCCCGGAAACACCCGGACCUGGCGCCCCUUCGUACAUAUACUCCAAAUUUACGCUCCCUCGAGGAAAGAUGGUACAGAGAGAUGAUGAAUCAGAGGGCCAGAUGGACCACCCAACACAGCAGGGGGCUGUGACGACAGCACCACCUUCGCCUCCUUUGCGACCUGCCGGCUCAUCGGGCCCGGUCGCGGAUGACGCCGCAAGCCUGCUCAGCAGCGUGAUGAGGCCUUCCAUGGACACUAGCCGCGGCAGCAGCAGCAGCAUGGAGAAUCCAAGACUGCCUGCAGAUUACCCGCCUGUUCCCCGUAGCCAGCCGUCGCAGGAAAUGGCUCGCGCGUCAGAAGACUCGCCCAGAGGUCGUUCCCGCACGUCAGAUCUACAUGAGCCCUUCCGGGGGCGUGGCGUGACACCCUCAUCGCAUACUGGAACCAGCGACUCGACCAGCACUGUACGCCCGCCGCCGACGGCUAGGUCCAACGCACCGACUGCAUCCGAGAUGUCUGCUGAGGAGCACCUUGCCAAAGGUGUCGAAUGUCACGAGAACGGGUCUUUGCAAGAGUCGACAUACCACCUGCGCUACGCUGCCCGCCAGAAUAAUCCCACAGCAAUGUUGCUCUAUGCGUUGGCAUGUCGACACGGUUGGGGUAUGCGUGCAAACCAGAAGGAAGGCGUUUCGUGGCUCCGCAAGGCCGCCGACUACGCCCAAAUAGAGAUUGCCGACGAUGAGGACCAGGCCAAGGGGGGAAAGCACGUUGAUGCUGUGGAGAGGAGGACGCGCAAGGCGCAGUUCGCGCUGAGCAUCUACGAGCUUGGCGUCAGCCACAUGAAUGGCUGGGGCAUUGAACAAGACAAGGCCCUGGGCCUGAGAUGUUUCGAGAUCGCUGGUACGUGGGGUGACGUGGAUGCGCUGGCGGAAGCUGGCUUCUGCUACGCACAAGGCAUUGGCUGCAAGAAGGAUCUGAAGAAGAGCGCGAGAUUCUACCGCAUGGCUGAAGCCAAGGGCAUGAGCAUGGUCGGGAAUAGCUGGAUUCACAAACCCAAGUACACGGAAGAUGAUUCGAGCAGCACCGCCAAAUCACCGAAGAGGGACAAGAAGAAGUCGCGCAGCAAGUCCCGCACUAGGGCAAUGUUUGGCUUGAAGUCAUAA